UUAAGGAUCUGAGUUUGAGGUGUUGUCACUUGGAUACAAGAAAUUAGAGUUUGGUUUAAUGGCAACUACAAAUGAGGUUGAAGAUGGGUUGAAGAUGAUAGAGGAGCUAACCACCAACGCCGAGCAAAUACAAGAGCAAGUAUUAGGCCAAAUACUGAAGAGAAAUGCAGGAACAGAAUAUCUGGGUCGAUACCUCAAUAGCAAAACUGACAAGAAACUCUUCAAAACGAAUGUUCCCGUUGUUACUUAUGAAGAUAUUAAGCCUUAUAUUAAUCGGAUCGCCAAUGGGGAGACGUCGAACAUCCUUUUAGUCGAACCAGUCAUCGAGUUCUAUCGAAGCAGCGGAACCUCAGGCGGGCAGCCGAAGUGGAUACCUGCCACGGCUGAUGUAUCUAAUCUAAGGACACUGUUUCUUACCCUGCUAGCAUCCGUGAUGAACAAGAACUUUGGUAACCUACACCAGGCAGGUAAAAGACUGGAAUUUAUGUUUACCAAACAAGAUACAGAAACUCCUUCUGGCCUCAAAGCCGUAUCUGCCACAACAAGCUUGUACAAAGACCAAGGCUUUAGAAACAAUGUCUCCAAGUUUUAUACAAGCCCUCUUGAGGCCAUCUUUUGCUCAGACACCAACCAAAGCAUGUAUUGUCAAUUACUCGUCGGUUUAGUACAGCGAGACGAGGUCGUAUCAGUUAGCUCAAUCUUUGCAUCCGUAGUUCUAAGAGCCAUCAAGUUAUUAGAAGAUCACUGGAGAGAGUUCUGCUCAAACAUAAGUUCAGGACAAAUUAGUGAUUGGAUCACCGACUCCGGGUGCAGAAAUGCAUUGUCAUUGAUCAUGAAACCUGAUCCUCAAUUGGCUGAUUCAAUACGGAACGUAUGCAGUAGUAAAUCGUGGGAAGGAAUAAUCAAAAAGCUUUGGCCUAAAACAAAGUUUAUAGCUGCAAUUAGUACGGGUGUUAUGAGUCAAUAUGUUGAAACACUCAAGUUCUACGGCGGAGGGCUCCCUUUAGUAUCAGGCGUUUAUGCUAGCUCUGAAGCCUAUUGUGGGAUCAAUUUGGAGCCUCUAACUGAACCUUCUAAUGUCUCUUACACCUUUCUUCCCAACAUGGCUUACUUUGAAUUCCUUCCCAUCAACAAAGAAAGUCUAACAAUGUAUCAAGUGGAUACAGAACCUGUUGAUCUUGUACAUGUGGAGCUUGGUCAAUAUUAUGAACUACUGGUCACAUCCUAUGCAGGUUUAUAUCGAUAUAAAGUUGGAGAUGUUCUUAAGGUGACAGGGUUCCAUAAUAGUACUCCUCAAUUCCAAUUCGUAGAAAGACAAAACGUUAUUCUAAGCGUUCAUACAGAUAAAACAACCGAGGAAGACCUACUAAAGGCAGUGAAAGAAGCAAAGAUUCUUCUCGAACCGCUUGGAUACAUAUCAAGAGGACACACUAGCUACGCUGAUACAAGUUCGAUUCCCGGUCAUUAUGUCAUAUUUUGGGAGCUCAAGGAAAAAGAAGGCAACGAUGGGCAAGUGCUUGAUCCUAAAAUAAUGACAGAAUGUUGCUAUAGGAUGGAAGAGUCAUUGGGAUAUAUAUACGGAAGCAAUAGGAAGCAAAAUGCAAUAGCAUCUCUGGAGAUAAGGGUGGUCAAACAAGGAAGUUUCGACGCACUGAUGGAUUACUAUGUGUCCCGAGGAACUUCUAUGACUCAAUACAAGACACCUUCUUGCAUUAACUCCCAAGAAGCCUUUAACAUUUUAGACUCCAACGUGAUUGCAAAGUUUUUCAGCCCAAAAACCCCUAUGUAACCACUUGUAUUUUCCUCUUAUUCCUGCCUUUGUAUGAUGGACUCCAAGUCCCGAUUACCGAAGGAAUUGAUCAUUGUUUGAGCGUCUAAUCUGUAUUGAACUGUAUUAUAUUGAUGAACCAUGUGUAUGCA